GCAAACCGAGCCAGUCAAGUGGCCGAGUCAGGAAGGGACUUUUUCCAAGACCGAGAACGCUUUGAGGAAGACCCAGGCAUUGCGGACCGAAGCGGGCUGAGGAAGGUGUCUGCGGCCGGCCUGGGACAGUGAUCGCUGCGAGUGGGGACAGCCAGCUCCAAGGAAAAGAGAGAGCAGGAGCUUGGAGGUGAGCGAAGUAAGUCCCAGUCGCGGCUUUUACGCAGCCUCGGAUCUCAGUUUCUUCUGGGGCAGACGGCGGCAAGUGUCCCGUCAGCUCCAGGGGACACCCACUAUCCCUUAACUCUGCUGGGGUCCUCCGCACCUCUCUAGGACUCCAGGGGAGGCUGUGGUUAUGGUGAAUGAAGGUCCCAACCAGCAGGAGCGCGAUGACACUUCUGCGCCAGAGUCCGCGCUCCCAGCGGACCCCACCACCGCGACCCACCCCAGCGUCUCCGUCCAUCCCAGCGUCUCAGGCCAUCCCAGCGUCUCCAUCCAUCCUAGCGUCUCUGCGCAUCCCAGCGUCUCCAUCCACCCCAGCGUCUCUGUCCACCCUAGCAGCUCAGCCCACCCCAGUGCCCUGGCCCAACCCAGUGGCUUGACCCAACCCAGUGGCUCUGGCCCGGAAGACAGUGUGAUCAAGGUGAGCCAGCGCCGCUGGGCCGUGGUCCUGUUGUUCAGCUGUUACUCCAUGUGCAACGCCUUUCAGUGGAUCGAAUACGGCUCCAUCAACAACAUCUUCAUGAACUUCUACGGGGUCAGCGCCUUUGCCAUCGACUGGCUAUCCAUGUGCUACAUGCUUACCUACAUCCCUCUGCUUUUCCCCGUGGCCUGGCUGCUGGAGAAAUUCGGCCUGCGCACGAUCGCCAUCACCGGCUCCGCUCUCAACUGCCUGGGGGCCUGGGUGAAGCUGGGCAGCCUGCAGCCGCACCUCUUCCCGGUCACGGUGGUGGGCCAGGUCAUCUGCUCAAUGGCCCAGGUCUUCAUCCUGGGCAUGCCCUCCCGCCUGGCUUCUGUCUGGUUCGGAGCUAAUGAAGUUUCAACAGCCUGCUCCAUGGCUGUCUUUGGCAAUCAGCUUGGAAUUGCACUGGGCUUCCUGAUUCCACCUGUUCUGGUACCCAACAUCAGCGACCGGGACAAGCUUGCCUACCACAUCAGCAUCAUGUUUUACAUAAUCGCUGGUGUGGCCACUCUCCUUUUCAUCCUCGUUGUGAUCGUAUUCAAGGAGAAGCCUAAACAUCCCCCCAGCAGAGCUCAAUCCCUGAGCUAUGCCUUGGCGUCCCCUGAUGCUUCAUACUUAAGUUCCAUCGUCCGGCUCUUCAAAAACCUCAACUUUGUGCUGCUUGUCAUCACCUAUGGUCUCAAUGCUGGUUCUUUUUAUGCCUUGUCCACUCUGCUGAAUCGUAUGGUGAUCUUGCACUACCCGGGUGAAGAGGUGAAUGCUGGAAGAAUUGGCCUGACCAUCAUCAUUGCAGGAAUGCUUGGGGCUGUGAUUUCGGGUAUCUGGCUGGAUAGAUCCAAAACCUACAAGGAGACAACUCUGGUGGUCUAUAUCAUGACUCUGGUUGGCAUGGUGGUAUACACGUUGACCUUGAGCCUGGAACACCUGUGGGUAGUGUUCAUCACUGCAGGCACAAUGGGCUUCUUUAUGACUGGCUAUCUCCCGCUGGGAUUUGAGUUUGCAGUGGAGCUCACAUACCCGGAAUCCGAAGGCAUGUCAUCUGGCCUCCUCAACGUGUCUGCACAGGUAUUUGGGAUCAUUUUUACCAUCUCCCAGGGCCAGAUUAUCGACAACUAUGGAACCAUGCCUGGGAACAUCUUCUUGUGCGUGUUCCUCACCCUUGGAGCAGCCCUCACUGCAUUCAUUAGGGCAGACCUCCGGAGACAGAAAGCAAACAAGGAAACUCCUGAGAAUAAACUCCAGGGGGAGGAGGAAGAAGAGAGCAAUACCAGCAAGGUACCCACUGUUGUGUCAGAGGAUCACCUCUGAGAGAGAAAGGUGGUGGUGACCCAGGGAACGUGAACACCCCACCGCUUCCUCCAGCACAGCUCUCGCUGCCAGCACAACGGCCUUCGCUGGAGAAGCUUUUGGAGGGAACCAGCUGGAAUAUUGUGGCUUGGACGUUGGUGCCUAUGUCUACUGGAACCCACUCAAGAGCUUGGAUGAUUUAGUAGGGGAAAAUUGCACCUUUCACCAAACGCAGUUUCAACUCUUGCCUCCACCCUUUUUCAGGUUUUGGGAGCUGGUGUUAGGAGAGGCUGGUGGAGAAUAUUGGAGUCAAUCCUAGUUUGGUCCCUUGCCUUUCCUUUCACUUCCAUCCCUUAUGGAGAAUGAUUGCAAAAUUAUCACAGGGAGAAAGCUUAUUCAGGAUAUUAACUUUUUCUAGUGCCUUCAGACCCUCCGACAAAGACCAGUUGUAACACUGAGGGUUAUUCCUGGGUCAUCAGUCUGACCGUGUUCUGUGUGGGAGAUGAAACUCCAUCAGAACAGCUUCACAAGAAUAGCUCCACUGAGACUCUUGGACCUAAAUUCUCCCGGCCUAGUGUUGGGAUCUAUUUCCAAACCUUCUUUCCUAAGAGAUGAUCAAACCAAACAUCAAUAAAUUUACAAAAACUUCAUGGUGGUUGUGAAGGAGAAACUAAUUGGGGAGGGCCACCUGCCAGGUAUGUUUGUGGAGGCCAAUAUUUGGAAACUCUGGUAGCUUGAUUGGGAAUGGGAGGAAAGUUCUUUUGUAUAAAAGAAGUACUUGCCCGGGUGGCGCCUGUGGCUCAAGGAGUAGGUCGCCGGUCCCAUAUGCCGGAGGUGGUGGGUUCAAACCCAGCCCCGGCCAAAAAACCAAAAGAAGUACUUGCCCAGGAACUUGUGUGUCAUAGAGACCCUCAGUUGCCUUUAUCUGAAUGCUACUUGGAAAACCUAGUCAUCAGUCUAAAUGCUUGUUUUGUUUUGAGGGAUCCCAACCCUAAACUUCACUGAAAACUAAUCUUGAUUCCUUCUGCUUUGACAAACUCAAGCUGCUCCUAAGAGAUAAGAGGAAAGGGCUAGAAGGCAAGGUGCUUUGAAAUAGAAAUUGAAUUUGCUUGAAUUAAGCUAAUCCCACCCGUUAAGGAAUUAGCACACCCAACCCCUCUCCCCAAUCCCUUCUAGCAAUAAACUUUAUCAGAUAUUCUAAAUUGAAAGGGAUUCUCUUUAAACCAACUCAAGGUGACUUCCUUUCCUGCCUUGUUCACGGGCUUUGGCAGUGUCUCUUCGAGGGCAGUACAGUGAGACUCUGUCUCUACAAAAAAAGAAAAAAAAAAUUAAAAAAAAAAGAAAAAUAAGAAAAAUUCUGGUAAUUUCUCCUUUGCAUUGAGCAGCUGUGAUCAUGACCACUGUGCCAUCUUGCUUUGGCCACUGCCAGGGCCUUGGCAUAUCAGGGCAGCCCAUCCAGGCUGCAGUACUUGGUGCUUGGGCUACUGCCCCUCGGGGGAGCCAGGUGUGUGUGUGUGUGUGUGUGUGUGUGUUUGUAUAGAUUUGAGUGGGUGGGAGGAACACACUGUUAUUUAAUAAAAGAAGUUCAUGAUACUUUUGGUGGAAGGGGUGUGACGGGUGGAAGGGAGAUGAAACGAUAUGUCUUACUUUUUGAUAAGGAGAUAGAUGUUUACUCUUCCACCUCUCAGAAUGUAUUAAUGUUUACUGAACCCACUGCUUUAUUUUAAAAACAAUUUGUAUUUUCUAUUUAACGUUUUAAGGCAAUAAAACAUUUGUCAAAGUGGUCUGCCUUAUCAUUUGGUGGGACAGAAAUGGCUUUUGGCAGUCCUCACAAGAUGAUCAUACUCUCCUGAGGACUGUGUCUAAGGUGUAGCAGAGGGCUGGAGGGGCAGCAGCUAUGGCCUUCCAUAGGAUCACCUCUGUCCUCUGUUGGCAUAGAUGGCACCAUGCUAAUGGGGUAUUUUUUAAACACGAAGAUGUGAAGGAUACUGUUUACCUAUGUGGGGGAGCUGCCAAUGCCAUGACCCUGACCUCCUUCUGUACUGUGCUGGAAUGUAACUGCUGAUGGGAGUCCAUUGUUGUUUCUGGCUCUGCCUCAAAGGCUGGCCGAAGUGUUUGUUCUAUGAUCACGCCAGCCGCUCCCAGCUUGCUGUGGUCAGAGCCUACAGCUAAGCAUCUGCAGCCCUGCAUUAUCAUUUUUCUUCUGAACUGCCAGUCCUUCUUCCCCAGUUGUGUUGACCUGAUAUGUCACUUAGAUAUGCUGCUGCUACCAGUUUUCUGUACGUUUUUUCCCUAGGCAGUUGUACUGUGCCUGUGGCAUUCAGCUCCCACAUUAUUAGCAAUUCUUAGUUGAGGAGAAACAAUAUUACAAGUCUAUUUUAAGUCAUCUGAGAGGGGAUGCAAGCCUGGACUGUUAAGAUAUCUAAUAAUGAUAGUGUCUGCAAAAUACUGUGUAUGCUUGUAGAUUCUUCGGAAUCUUGCCUUUACUCUGGAAUCACAUUUCUGAUGCAUGCCACAUACUGGAAGGACCCAAAUCACCUUGUUUUUAUUCACUUCUUUCACAAGAACUCUCCAUAUGGAUCUACAUUCAAAUGUUAACUCUGUAAGAUCAUUGUUUUACUUUCUUUCUUUUUUUUUUGAGACAGUCUCAUUCUGUUGCCCUAGGUUGAGUGCCAAGGUGUCAUAGUUUACAGCAACCUCAAAUUCUUGGGCUCAACUGAUCCUCUUGCUUCAGCCUCCUGAGUACCUGGGACUACAGGCCUCUGUCAUGAUGCCUGGCUGGUUUUUUUUCUUUGUCGCUGUUGGUAGUGCUGUGAUGUCAUAGUUCAUAGCAACCUCAAACUCUUGGUCUUAAGUGAUUCUUUUGCCUCAGCCUCCCAAGUAGAUGGGACUACAGGUGCCUGCCACAACGUCCAGCUAUUUGUUGUUGUUGUAGUUGUUAUUGUUUAGCAGGCCUGGGCCAGGUUCAAACCUGCCAGCCCCUGGUGUAUGUGGCCGGCAACCUAACCACUGAGCUAAAGGCACUGAGCUAUGAUUUUUCUAUUUUUGGUAGAGCUGGGGGUCUCGCACUUGCUCUGGUUGGUCUUGAACUCCUGAGCUCAAGGAAUCCACCCGCCUUAGCCUACCAGAUUACUAGGAUUAUAGGCAUAAGCCACCAUACCUGGCCUUUUUGUUUGUGUCGUUUUUUUCCUUAAAAAGGGCCAGUCAUAUGUUGGUGUCUGAGUUAUAGGCCCCCCAUGUAGGCAGAUACUGUUGCUGGGAUACAGAGUGCAACCUCACACUCCUGGGGUCAAGCAAUUCUCUCUUCUCAGCUUUCCAAAUAUCUGUAACUAUUGGUGUGUACCACUGUGCCUGGGUAAUUUUUCUAUUUUUUGUAAAUACUGGGUCACACUCUUGCUCAGGUUGGUAUUGAACCCUUGACCUCAACCAAUCUUUCUGUCUCAGCCUCCCAAAGUGGUAGGAUUACGUGAUCAUUGCUUUUCUUACCAUCUCCUUACAAUAAUUGGUGAGUAAGGAAAAUAUAAUUCUUACCACUAAGCUAUUUUUCUAGAUAUAGUUUUCUGGGAGGCCUGGAAUUGCUGCAAUCACAUUUGGCAUCAUAAAGGAAGUCAAACCAAGGAUGAAGCCAACACAGGCAGAGCUGAAGGAAUCAGAGAAGUGAAACUAGAGUCCUUUUUUAUUUUUUUUUGAGACAGGGCCUUGCUCUGUCACCCAAGCUGGAACGCAGUGGCACUAAUGCAGCUUACUAUAACUUUGACCUCCUAGGUUUGAGUAAUCUUCUCACCUCAGCCUCCCAAGUUGCUGGGAUUACAGCUGGGCCACCAUGCCCAGCUAAUUUUUAAAUAUUUUUUUUGUAGCGAUGGGGGUCUCACUAUAUUGCCCAAGCUAGUCAGAGCUGGAGUCUUAUCAAACCAUUCUUGAAGGCUGUAAUCUCCUAACUUUUCAGUAUGAUCCAAUUUUGUUAUCUUUAGUGUUUAAGCUAGUUUAUGGCAGGUUUUGUUCCUUUCACCUAAAGCCUUAACUGUGCCCAGGCACAGUGGCUCAUGCUUGUAAUUCUAGCACUUUUCAAGGCCAAGGUGGGAAGUUUGCUUGAGCUCAGGAGUUUCAGCACAGCUUGACCAAGCUUGAGACCCCAUCUCUACAAAACUAGAAAAAUUAGGUGUCAUGGUGCCUAAGGCGCCUGUAGUCCCAGCUAUUCAGGAGGCUGAUGUAGGAUUGGUUGAGCUCAGUUUGAGUUGCAGUGGGCUACGAUGAUGCCACUAUACUCUAUCCAGGGUGAAAGAGUUGAGACUCUGUCUCAAAAAAACCCAAAGCA